AUGAUUAGUAAAUUUGCAUCUGAUAAUGACCUUACAACAGAGGAAAACUUGGAACAUGAAGACGAGACGACGUCAACCGUACUUUCGCAUAAGAAGAAAUUAACGAACAAGGAAAAAAAAAAACUAGAAUACGAAGAAAGAAUUAGGAAAAAAAGAGAAAAACAUUUGAAGAGAGUAAAAAAAAUAAUCACAAAAAGUAACCUGCCUUCGCUAAAUGGUCUAAAAAAUGAGCUGCUAAGGGACUGUCCCGUCACUACUCUGAAUGGGACUGACGAACCAAAGGAAGCUCUCCAGAAGGGGAAAAGUGACCAAGAUGUGAAAUUCCACAAUGAGAACUCCCAAGAGGAAGCCCCCCAAUGUGCCAACACAGAUCGAAUAAAAAAUCCAAGUGAUCAUUCACAUGAGCCAGACGAAACAGGAAGAGAAGAAAACAAAUCACGUAGAAAAGAAAUCGAAAGGAUAAACAACAAAUACAAACAACUCUGUUCUAUGGAAAAUGUGUCGAAGAAGAGACUGAUGAAAAAGCUAAAGUACAAACAAAAGCAGGACAAAGAAGCGGAAAAGGAAAAGUUGUUCAAAAAUAUAGAACAGUACAGGUUAAACACUAACCAGCGAAAUUUUAUCAUUCAAUUUGACGCAAAGAAAAAGAUUCCAAAUCAUGAAAAUCUAGAAAAACUUGAAGGAGACGAUACUAACGCUGAGCUAGUAACAGACGGUUGUUUAGCACAAAAUGGAACGAAUUGCAGCAAAGGCGUACGGGAGACUAAGUGCAAGCAUGUGCUUAGCACUGGAAGUGACCUUGCUGAAAAUGAUCACCUUGAUGAUGACAAUCCUGAUGGUGAACAUCCCGGUGACACCUCCCCUGAUGGCGAGCAUCCAGAUGACGCCUCCCCUGAUGGCGACACAUCGGACCGGGCGUACCACCGUCACGAAGGACAUUCCCACCCGCAAGGAGAGAAAAGAAAAAUCGUCUACCAAAGAGUCAGUAUAAAUCGAAAGGAAAACAUAGAGAGAAUGAGACAGGCGCUCCCCGUCCUGGGGUACGAACAAGAAAUUAUCGAAGCCAUUCUAAAUUACGAUGUCGUGUUUAUAAGUGGAGAUACGGGGUGCGGAAAAUCCACACAAAUUCCCCAGUUUGUUUAUGAGCACGGGUUCUGCACAGAUAACUACCUCAUCGGCGUCACAGAACCGAGAAAAAUAGCGGUAAGAAGCAUUUCGAAUAGGUUAAACGAAGAACUAAACCUUGAAGAUGUAGCUGGGUAUCAAAUAAGAUUCGAAAAAUCACAUUUUUUAAAAAACAGUAAAAUAAAAGUUAUGACGGAAGGUAUACUGCUAAGAGAAAUUAUGAACGAUUUUAUUUUGUCAAAAUAUGGUGUUAUUAUCCUAGACGAAGCUCAUGAGAGAAGCAUAAACAUGGAUUUAAUUUUAGGCCUCCUGUCCAUCAUCUGCAAAAUUAGAAAAAACAAUUACUUCGCAUACAAAUCAAAUGUCAUUCCAAUUAAAGUCAUCAUUAUGUCUGCAACUAUUAAUGAUACCCACCUUUUUGAAAAUAAAAUUUUUACAAAUUAUAUCUCCAUCAACAUUCCAACGGAAAAAGUCCCAGUGGUGGAUCACUUCCUCUCCUACACGCCUCAAGACUAUAUUGAAGAAGCGAAAAAAAAAGUUAUACAGAUUCAUAAGAGGCUACCACCUGGUAGCAUCCUAGUGUUCUUAACAAGUCAGGAAGAAAUUUAUCGUUUAUAUAAUUUACUCAACAAUUUGGAAAUGUCCAAAAAAAACACACAAAUGGGAGAUGAAAAAAAAAUACACACACUUGAACUUAAUAAUGAAGAAGCGAAAAAAGCCAAGAACGAAAGUAUAAAUUCUUUUGACCUAAGUGAGGACGAAAAAAACGCGAAUGAUAAUAAGUGCAGUAUUUUCUUCAGGUCAACAAAUGAAGAUAAAGAAAAGCGGAUUAUAUUUGAAGCAUCCAGCAGUGACGACGAGGAUGCUCCCUUGCACAGCGUCCUGUCGGUAAGCGCACCUGACCUUACUGAGCAAACUGAGCAACGUGAAAAUGAUACGAAUCGGCAUGAAGAAAAUUACAGCUUAUUGAAUAAUCCCAGCAGUGCAGAAGCCAACCAAAUGGACAACAACGCAGAAUCGAAUGGCUUGGGAAGAACGGAGAAGGGGAAUGACGCCCCCCCUUUGUGUGGGAGCAGUCAGACUGAAGGUGACGUUGGCGAAGGAGGCCCCCCUUCGGAAGGGCAUACCAAGGGGGAUGACCAUUAUGGUGAAGUUGUCCAAAAUGGGGAGGAUACACUCUCGGAGGAUAGCGAAUCUUGUAGUGAACACAUGCCGUACAACCAAUCGGGCGAUGAACAAACGGAAGGACAGCCCAACGAACGCACAGUUAACGGAGAAGGGAAGAAACAAAGGGACAAACAAGAAUCAAGCAUUUGGAAGGGAAGCGAUGGGUCAGGCAGACUAAAAGUUUUCAAGCUCUUUGCAAAUAUGCAGAUGCAGGAACAAAUGAGUUUAUUUAAGAACCCUAGGGAUGAUGAACGAGUGUGCAUUAUAAGCACAAACAUAGCAGAGACGUCCAUCACCCUGCCAAACAUUCGCUACGUAGUGGACUGCGGAAAGGAAAAGAGAAAAAUUUACUCAGCGUUGAACGAUUAUUCGUACUACGUUAUUGAUAAUAUAAGUAAAAGUUCUUCAAUCCAACGAAAAGGAAGAGCAGGUCGAAUCUUACAUUUAUUAAAAAAAAAUAAAAAAAAUAAAAAGAAAAUCGAAACGGAAAAGGGACAUGUGUACAAAUUAUAUUCAUCAAAUUAUUACAACUAUUUUUUCAAAAACGAUAAUGAUUUCCCAAUUUUGAACUACCCCCUUGAAUCCCUAAUUUUAUACCUGCUAAGUUUUAAAAUAAAAAAUGUAGAACAUUUCCCCUUCAUUAAUAAGCCAGAAAAGUGUAAAUUUCAGGAGGCCAAAAAAAGAUUAAUUUAUCUUAACUGCGUUUAUUUUGGGUACCAAGAUGUCCAAUUCCUUUUUAAAACCUUAAGCGAUAAAAUGGCCUCAAAAAAAAGUAUCGAAAAUCAUAUAAACAUGUUUAACCCGAAGCAUAAAAGCGGAAUUACUCCUACUGGUAGUUUCGUCCUGUCCCUACCAAUAAGCACAAGAUAUGCUAAAAUUUUAACCGACGUUUGCCUAAAAUCGUUAGCGAUUAAUCACACCAGUUCAAUCCCGUUAGCCUGUCUCCUAGUCUCCUGCUUAUAUUUGGAGUCCAUUUUUUCGUACGAUUACAAGCUCAAGGCGAAGUACGGUAAAGGGGGCAAAAAAAGGAAAACCGUCAUGAAUGGAAAGAAAACGAAGAGUAGUAGCCAAACGGACGGCAAUGACACCCUCAGCAGACGUAACUACAAUUUAGCAAGCUUAAUUUUUAAAAAGAACGACGAAAAUGAAAACCAAAGUGAUGUGAAUAGUUGUUCCUCUGGUGAUGUACCCCCCGACGAGAGCAAUUCAUCAGAGGGGAAUUCCCCAGACAGCGAUGAAAAGGAUAACACUCUUGAUGAUUUUAAAUUAAGAUUCGAUAACGACAUUGAUUUUUACCUUAACGUUUGUACCUCCUUCUAUUUUUCAAACGACAAAAAUCAUUUCUGUUGUACCAUGCACUUGGACAAGAAAAAAAUGGAAGAACUACUCAAAUUGUCCAACCAUUUAAUAAAAUUGAUAAAUCACAAAUUUAACAAAAAUAUUAAUUUUGACCUUUUGGAAAAGAACCCAUCAGACUUAUCCAAAAAAAUAAUUCAUUAUGCAGUCAUCCAGGGAUUUAUAGAUCACCUAGCCAUUCGCUCCGACUUAGUACAUAACCAGUACACGAGAAACUCCAAUUUGAACUUUAAUAACAAAAAGGCUUACUUCUCCCAAAACAUGAACACUCCAAUAUAUAUCAAUUCUUCUUCGCUCAUGUAUAAAAAUAGGCCGUACCCUAAAUACAUCCUGUACAAUUACAUAAUGAAGAACGCAAAGUCGUACGUCAUGUACGACUGCCUAAGUGUAAAUGAAUCAGAUUUAGGGAAAAUAACCAACGUCUGCAUUUACAUUAACGAAUAUGAAAAGAUACCCCCGGCUAAAUAUGACAUGAGGAAGGACAAAAUCGUGGUUUGCGUCAAGCCUUUGUAUUUGCCCUAUUCUCAUUAUCUACCCAUGACGAGAAAAGAGUUAAAUGAAAACAGCUUGUUAUUUUAUGACUACCUUGCAUUGUUCAUAUUAGAUGGGUCCAUGUUUCCAAAAAUGUUAUCAUUUCAUAUGUUUUACGCCCAUUCGGCGAAUGACAUUAUCGCGUGCAGCAGUCAGCCGGUUAAGCAGUUCGUAGAUGCGCUAAGGGAGGCCCGAAUAAGCAGUAGGGCGACCCUAAUUAACAAGUGGAAAAGUCAGAACGAUUUUUUAAAGGAAGAAUUCGUAUCGUUGCUUGGAAGAAAACUUAACAAGUAUAAUGAGCAGCUCAUCGAUAAAACGUGGCCUCCCCUAAACUGA